AUGAACAUUUCAAUAAGUGUAUUGCCUACUAACUUAGUUUUUGUUUCCAAGGUCACUGUAACCAGCUGUCUCCAACUAGCAAAAGAUGAAUUUACCAGUCAGGUAAAGAUGAGGGUAGAGGAUAACCAACCUUUAAAACGUUUUAAAAGAAGAUGGAUUAUUACUACCUUGGAAAUCAAAGAGGAGGACCCAGGACCAUUCCCCAAGCUUGCAGGAGAGAUAUUCAAUGUCAGGGACUACAAUGAAUCCAUAAUAUAUUUAAUCAGUGGACCUGGUGUGGAUGAGUAUCCAAUUGGUCUGUUUUCUAUAGAAGAUAACCAUAAUGGGAAAGUCUAUGUUCACCAUCCAAUUGAUCGAGAGGAAAUAAAAUUUUUUGUGAUCCGCUUUGAUAUUGCUGACAGAUCAACUGGGGAGUUUGUGGAUAGAUCUUUAUUUUUCACUGUCAAAGUUGGUGACAUCAAUGAUAAUGCACCACAGUUUACUAAGGAAGAAUUUAACAUCACUGUCAAAGAUAACCACAAUCUGGAUCACCCCAUCUUUCAAGUAGUGGCAGUAGAUUUGGAUGAAGAGCAAACUCCCAACUCUGAAGUCUCCUAUUCCCUUGUUUCACAAGUGCCAUUGAUAAAAGGAAAUGGGUUUUACAUUGAUCGCAGUAGUGGCGAAAUCCAUGUUUCAGGAUGCUUAGAUUAUGAGGCUGACAGGUUGUUCAAAUUACUGAUUGGAGCAAAUGACCAUGGAGAGCCACCAUUGUCAUCCACUGCUACUAUUAACAUAGCAGUUGAAGAUGGAAACAACCACAUGCCUACAUUUACUAAAGGAGAUUAUAAAAUACAGAUUUCUGAAGGCCAAAUAAAACAGGAUGUGCUAAGGCUCCUAGUACAAGAUCAUGAUUCUCCAUUCACACCUGCCUGGAGAGUAAAAUACAAAAUACUACAUGGUAAUGAAGAAGAACACUUCAACAUUGUGACAGAUCCUGAGACCAAUCAAGGAAUUUUAAGUGUCAUCAAGCCUUUGGAUUAUGAAAACCUUCCAGAGAGAAAACUUGUUGUUGUAGUUGAAAAUGAAGAACCAUUUUCUUCAUGUGAAAAAGAGCAGCUUGGUAAUGGAACCAUGAUGCCCAGCACUGUGAUUGUGAGUGUGGAAGUUAUUGAUACCAAUGACCCUCCUCAAUUCCAUCCUCCUAAUUUUAUUGUUCAAGAAAUAGAUGAUGCCAAACCUGGAGCCCAAUUGGGACAAUUUCAUGCCACAGACCCAGAUGGAAAGACCAAGAACAUAAGAUUUAAGCUGGUUCAUGAUCCUGCUAAUUGGGUCACUGUAGAUGAACUCUCCGGUGUGGUUACCACAGUGAAGCAUGUGGAUCGGGAAUCCCCUUAUGUGAAUAACAGUUUUUAUACAGUUAUUGUCAGUGCCAUAGAUGAUGGUGUCCCACCCCAGACAGGUACAGGAACCAUGAUGAUUUUUCUUUCUGACAAGAAUGACAACACACCUACUCUUGUUAAACCUUUCAUGGAAGUUUGUAAGACAGAGGAGAAGAUACCUAUUAUUGUGGAAGCUGAGGAUAAAGACUUAGAUCCAUUCUCAGGUCCUUUUACAUUUGAGUUAGAUGAUACCUCUGGAAAUAUAAAAGAUACUUGGGAGCUAGGAAAAAAUUUUGGUUAUUCUGUGGAACUUUUAAUGUUAAAAAGUCUCCAGAAUGGUAAUUAUUCAGUGCCUUUCAUUAUCUCAGAUAAGCAAGGAUUUUUCAAAAAACAGAUCCUGUAUGUGAAUCUGUGUUCCUGUCUCGAUGGAAUUACUUGUCUAAGACUUUCAGCGCCCUUUGUAGGACUUGGUGGGGUUGCCAUUAUCCCAAUAUGUGCAGCUUUCAUAUCAUUGGCAGUAGCCCUGCUUUUCCUGCUGUGGUUUUCUUUUGGAUCUGCAUACAAGAGGCAGCCAAUGUCCAUUCCUUAUGACCCGGGCAAUCAGACUUUAAUCAAGUAUAAUGAAGAAAGUGAAAACACCUUGACACUGGUGAAGUUAAACGACAUGGGUCAUAUUUCACAACGCUAUGUAAUCAAAGGGAAUGAAAAGAACUAUCCAAAUGACGCAAGCAGUCUGUAUACUAAAAGCCAACUGAAAAGGAUGGAAGGAAUAAUAGCAGAGAUACUAACUCAAAAGCUCUAUGAUGUUAACACCCUGGAAGAUAAUACUACUUACCAGGCUCACAUUUACAUGGAUGAGGGAGAAUUUGAAGAAACUAACUCCCUUAGCUCACUCGCCUUGCCAGAAAGUGACCUGCCUGAAGAUUUUCUGGAUGAUUUGGGAUCAAAAGCAAUUGCCCUUGAAAAAAUAUAUUCCAAGUCAAUCUUUCUGAAAUAAUGCACAUAUUGGAAAAUUGGUAGUGAUGCCUGAAGAGGCCUUGUUAUAAAUUAAGGACAAUUUUAUUUUUUUUAUUCAUUCUUGCUAGGGCUUAUGUGAAAGUUAAUGAUGUGGAUAAAAAGCUGUGGCAUUCUUAGAACAGAAAUAGUAGUCAAGAGAGAAGAAUGAAAGUUGUAUUUUUC